AUGCCAUCCCGACCUUACCGAAUCGAAACCGACGCGAGUUGCAUUGCUAUAGGAGCAGUUCUUCUACAAUCAAGAGCAGACGGCGAACCAUUUCAAGCAAUAGCAUAUGCCUCAAGAAAAUUACGCCCUGCGGAAAGGAACUAUCCCGCUAUAGAAGCAGAAGCUCUAGCACUGGUCUUCGCUCUGAGCGAAUUCAGAACUUACGUACUCGGAUCCCGGAUAACUGCAAUAGUAGACCACCGUCCACUUACAUCCCUGAUGACGAGGAGAGAUCUCAUCGGUAGACUUGCGAAAUUCCAAAUUAUACUCGCCGAAUUCGACAUUCAAAUCCUAUACAGGCCGGGAAAACAAAACGUCGUACCAGACGCCCUUUCUCGCUACCUCGAAGAUGAGACUCGCGAACCCAUCCAGAGAAAAGAGAAAGUGGCCAACGUCGACUUAAACCCGAAAAAUACUGGAAAAAAAUCUGAAACUAUCAGCCUGGAAGAAAUAAGAAACCUUCAGAAAAACUCUCUUUGGAUUCGUCAAGCCAUCGAAGAGAUUACAAAACCAGAGGAAUCUACAACCAGAUCUUCACCGAACCACGAAAGAUACACUGUCCAUGAAGGUCUUCUUUAUGCGAAACCGCGCUCAGCAUGCCACCCGCCGCUGAUCGUCCUGCCGAAAAGCAAAGAAGUUACCACAAAAAUCAUCAAAGCGUUUCAUGAAGACCCACAGACUGGAGCUCAUCUUGGAGCCAUAAAGACAGGUCAAGCGAUCAAACGCAGGCUCAUAUGGACAGGCCUUGACGGGGACGUCAAAAACUUCGUGAAGGAGUGUCUGAAAUGCAGAAAAAGAAAAACAGAUGCUUCUCAAACCACAAGAGAACCACUCAACAACUUACCUGUCGAAAAUGAACCUGGAAAAAGAUGGCACGUCGACAUACUCGGUCCACUGCCAAUCACAGCCAAACAAAAUCGAUACGUUCUAACAUUGGUUGAUGCCUUCACCAAAUGGUUCAUCACAGUUCCACUGAUCACUCAAGAUUCUUCAUCUGUUAUAAGAGCAAUAGUGGAGAAUCUUAUCACAAAAUUCGGUACACCAGAAUCGCUUAUAACCGAUAAUGGUACAAAUUUUCUCUCCAACCAGUUCACGGAAGCUCUAAAAACACUGGAGAUUCUACACAAGACCAGCGCCCCAUAUCAUAAAAGUAGCAACGGACAAGUCGAGCGUUAUCACCGAUCACUCGAAGAAAGUUUAUCUUCUUUUGUAAACGCUACUCAAUCGGAUUGGGAUGACUACUUGAGUCUCGUUACUUUUGCACUCAAUACAGUAGAGCACUCUACGACAAAGAUAUCUCCCUUUUUCGCAACAUUUGGAAGAGAACCGAGAAUUCCAGCCGACGUCACCUGGAAAACUCCAAUGCCAGUGUACCUCGACCUCAGCGACCACACUACUCUAAUAAGAAUCCAACUGCAAGAACUCUGGAAACACAUGAAAAAGGAGAUUACUCAAGGACAAAUACUUCAGAAAAAAUACUACGAAAAAACCCACAGAAUUCGGAAUCGUAAGAUCUGUCCUGGAGAUUCCAUUCUAGUGAAACGCGCCGCUCCAAGAAACAAACUAUCUCCAUUUCUUAGUGGACCCUUCACAGUCACAAAAGUUGACGAAACAAAUGUACACUUCGAUCAAAACGGAAAAAUAAUGAAAACUCACAAGGACGACGCCCGACUCUUCAAAAGAAAAUCUCCCGAAGCGGAAGUACCGCUCGAACUCCCAGAAAAUCACCCACUAAUCGUCGAAGCUGAGAUCAACACGCCGACCGAAGUAAACGACACUCGCCGCCCCACACGUCAACACAGAAUCCCAAUCAGGUUCCGAGCAGCAUAA